AUGGUGACUGAGAGUGGAUUUGUGCAACCAGUGAUUCCGAAAUUUGAUGGGCAUUUUGACCAUUGGUGUAUUCUCAUGGAGAAUUUCUUGCGUUCGAAAGAAUAUUGGAGUCUGGUGGAAGAUGGAAUUCCUGCAGAAGUAGAAGGAGUUCAACUCACUGAAGCACAGAGAAAGGUCAUUGAUGACGCAAAGUUGAAGGAUAUGAAGACGAAGAAUUAUCUCUUCCAAGCAAUAGAUCGAUCAAUUUUGGAGACAAUCUUGAACAAGGAUACAACCAAAAGUAUUUGGGAUUCCUUGAAGUAG